AUGCCUAGAUCAUCCAAUAACAAGCUUUCAAGGAGUAAAUUGCUCUUGGGAUUUAUUCCUAAAAUACUUUUUUUAUCUUUUCUUUCGUUCGCUUCCACCAAAGAUUCAGAAGACAAAAAUUCCGUCGGAUCAAUCAAAAAGAGAUGCGUAUUUAUGGAUGAUGGAUUCGAAUUGAAAGAUUGUGGUAAUGCUCCAACCCAAUCAGAAUUUGCUGAAUUUCUCAAAAGACAAGCAAAAGAAGUAGCAAGAUUAGCAAGAGAAUUUCCUUGCGGUUAUACAUAUUGCCCUAAGUUUAAGAGAGAUUUAGAAUUCAUUUAUAAGUCUAUUGAAAAGCACGAGGAUGAAGUUCGCUUAAAGUCCAAUUCAGGUGAUGUGAGUGAUGAGAAUUUGGAUAAUAGGCACAUCACCAAAGAAAUGCUUGAAGAGACUCAUAUCAAAACUAAUCAUCAGAAUUCGGAAGCUUCGGAUGUAUCUAUGAAAGGAGUUCACGAGAGAGAACCUAUCAAACCUUCAGAAUCACUUCUCUUGAUGGCAGGCCCAACAACUUUGCAAAUACUAAUCUCACCAAAACAUCCGAUUUACAGAGCUCCUGAAGCGUUCAAAGUACCCAGUUCGAAAUUGCUUGGGGAAAUCCCGAAGACCAAAGAACCAAAAUAUGAAGAGAAAGCUGAAGACAGGAAAGAAAAACCCAAGACUCAAAGCGCAGAUUAUCCUUGGAGUUCUGACCAAUUAGACCCAGAGAUUUUAAAACAUUUAUUCACACCUGAUUCAUAUAGUCUUCCUCCAAAAAUAGACCAAGAGAUGUUGAAACAUUCAGUUACACCUGAUUUAGAUAAUUCUCCACCAAGAAUUUACAACUUACCUGAACCAGUCUCAGCUAGGGCGUAUAACAGAGUUCCUGAUGAUUUUCAAGAAACUAGUUCUACUUCUAUUGAUGAUCUUGUUCAGAAUUUGGAACCUGAAUUUGAUGAAAUUUUAAGAUUCAUUAGAAUUGAAAUUGAUGAGUAG